AUGCAUGUUCGAACGUACACUUUACUAGUUAACGACGAAAAAAGAGUAUCCCGGGGGCUUGUAGGCAAUGAAACUGAUGACUUGGACUUGGCGCACAUUGUUGAAGCCAAUGAUCCUUAUGAAGCCGUCUGGGUGAGCCCUGACUGCCUCAUUCAGCUCGUUCACAACCUGAAUUGCAUCUGUGCAGCCGAACAUGGGCAGCUUCCACAUUGUCCAGUACCUCCCAUCAUAGUACCCCGGAGACCUGUUGUUCUCACGCUCGAAUUCAAGGCAAGGAAUGAGCUUUUCUUUGAGAAGGUACUCAAUUUGCUUGAUGAGUUGCUCCGUGGUGAGGGGAGGAAGGUAAGACAAUGUCUCGAACUUCUUCAAGUCAACCGUCGGCCACACCUGACCGAGGAAGGGAGACAAGACGGCGGGCUGAGCCGAAGCCGAGCGGCGGCCGACGGUGGGGGCGGUGGUUGA